CGCGUAGCAACCACGCAGCGCUCCACCCUUUCCAAAUCGAUGCCGCGGCAAAGCAUCCGACGCGAGCUGCCUGCCAUACGUACAUUAAUACCAGAGGCCGAGCUCGCGCUGGUCCUUUCCUUGGUGACUCUCCUCGGCUCCUCCUCCUAGUCUCCACCACUGCCUUCCCGGAGCUGCCUGUUCCCAUGGCGCUCUCCCGCCGCAUUCUCCUCUUCGUCUCCCUCGUCGCCAUGACGGCGGUCACCGGCACCUCCGAGAUCAUCGUGACCCAGUGCUACCCGCCGCCCACGCCCACUGUCAACGGCAGCACCAGCGCGUUCCGCCGCGAUCUCCUCUCGCUACUCGACGCCCUCCCCUCGGCCGCCGCGCCGACGGGCUUCGCCUCCAUGCGGACCGGCGGCGCGUUCGCCCGCGGCCUCUGCUUCGGCGACCCCGCGCCAGACCCGUGCUUCCGCUGCCUGUCUGACGCCGGCAGGAAGAUCACCGACCUGUGCGGAGACGUCAACCGGCGCGCGGGCUUCCUGAUCGACGGCUGCUUCCCGGGCUACGCGGACACCAACGCGUCCUCCGCCGGCGCGGACGACAACGACAUCAGUGGCGUGACAUUCUCCGGCGACGCCCUCCGGCGCUUCGACAACGUCGACGUGCAGAAGCUCGUGGCCGUGGCGCGGUCCCUGGUCCCGCGGUCCGCGAACGGCCAGGUGGCCGCCGCCGACGCGACUGCCACGGCGAGCAACGGCGACACGGUGCGCAUGCUGGCACAGUGCGCGACGGACAGCGAGCCGGCGGAGUGCGCCCGGUGCCUGCAGGAUUCGUCGCUGCAGAUGGCCAAGAGCUGGAGGCUCACGCUCACCGCCGACGCCGUGCAAGGAAGCGUGGCCGCGGUUCUGGGCUCGAACUGCUACCUCCGCUUCGAGAUAUCGGCACCGCCGCUGCCCGUGAGAGAGAAGAGGACCAUGUUUAUCUUGAUACUCAUAUUAAAAUGGCCGUAUGCAUCCUUUGUUGGUGCAGAGGCUGGGAAGUGA